UAAAUCUGUACUUUGAGUGGAGGUGUCAAGAAUACUCAUUUAUUAUUGUUCCUUCGAGUGAAACAAGCGAUAGAUAUUCGAUUCGUUAAGCGCAUAUAAGGAUCAUAAAUCGGAAUUCAAUGGAAUUGCUGCAAACACGAAAACAAAAUGAGAGUACAAGAAUGUUGCGCUAUAUCAAGGUGAACAGUUAUCAGGGUAGGAUAUUUUGAGAGAACUGAUGGGAAUUGGAAAAAGAGGAACGUAUGAUUAGAUUACGUAAGCUUUGUCGAGGUCAACUCCAUUACUACAUAAACAGAGAUCCAAGAUGAUCAACUAACUUGUAGCAUAACUGUCAACGUGCUUGCAAGUGUUUUACGCUGGGAACGGAUUGAAAGAUAACGUCAAAUAUUAAAAACGUAGACCGCCUCAUUAACUAGCAGGAAAUCAUCGACGAUCGAUUGGAACUAUAAAUCACGUAUAAUUCUAUUAUUUUAUCUGUUGCAUUAACAGUUUUAUGGUUUUAUCUAUUGUACCUGAAAGUUAACUAACUGAAGUUCAAAUUCAUCUGAUAUACCUACAUGUAUAGUUACUGAUAUUUACUAUAAAAUUAUAAUUGAUCAAAACAAAUACUUCAGAAUGGACAAUAUUCUACUCAUUAAAAUUGCAUUUUCUAUACUUUUCCCUUUGCUGCUAUAUUUUUGGUUUAGUAAUGAAAUAAAAAAACCACUAUGCCUGGACUCGGAAUGCAAAAUUUCACGUGUUCGUUUCUUAUUAAAACGUUGGUGGGCAGAGCGUUGUAUCAAUGCGAGAAAGAAGAAGAAAACAAAUUUGCAUAAUUGUAAAAACAAUUAUUUAAGCAGUUCGAAAAUCAAAGACAAAGAUAGUAGUAACACCAUACUUUUCUAUGGUACAGAUCAGAAAGGAAAUUCUGUAUUUAUUAAAUUCUCUUAUAGAGGAUUUAAUGCAGUAGAAGUGUCCCUACAGUUUACUACAUCAGAUGGUCGAUUAUAUGUCUUACCAGCGUAUCCCAAUACCACGUUAAUAAAUAGUGCCGAUCAAAAAUGGACAGCAAACGGCCUUAAAAUUGAAAUAUUAAAACCCCAAAAACGUUGGAGAAUAGUUUACAAUGGUAUGCUUAGAAACUUGAGUCAGGAUGAUGCAUGCAAUGAUGAGAAUAUCCAACAUUUUCGUUUAAACUUCAUAUUCAUUGCACACUCUGAACUAUUAAAAUGGCCAGAUGAUUGGAGUUCUAAACUGCAUGCAGAAGCAUUAGCUCUUGAAUCGUGGAAGAAUCCUGAUUGGAUAGACAAGAUAAAUCUACUGGAAUACAUAGGCUUUGAUCAGUUUGGGUCUUUGUUGGGUCAAGUAACGUACGAAGAUGGAUUUGUUUCCGAUUUAUAUUUGCGUGGACUUCAUCAACAUCGUUGGGGAAAGAAUGAAUCUCACGAGUUUCAUGAAUCCAUUACUCUGUUUGGUGUAAUGCCAUAUGGAGCAAUGUAUUAUCUCAGUGUGGAUAAUACGAAACAUAGUUUUCCACAAAUACGGUAUGGUCAAUUCAGAAGCAACAAUGAAGUUACGCGUAAAAUAGAUAAUUUGCGACUUACGUUAUCUGAUUUUACAAAAGAGAAAUUUGCAGAUAAUUUGGAAUACAAAAUAUGGCUCACAGUGGAAGGUAAAGAAUAUAAUGUUCUUGUUAAAUGUGGUAAGCCAAUAAAUUUAUAUUAUGGUCAACCGUGGAACUGGGUAAACAAAAUAGCUCCCGUGAAAUUGAAACUAAACGGGAGAGCAGGCACUGGAUUGAUGCUAUUAUGUCAUUCUUAUAAUGGACCGUUUCAAGUAAAGGUACCUGCAAAACUGCAAUAUCUGAAACCACUUCCUUCACAUGUCCAAAAAAAUGAUUACGUAGUACAUUUCAAUGAUGUAAAAUGCCAAAAUGAAGAGAUUGUUGGUGGCAAAGGAUUCUCACUUGCUAUGUUAACUUCUAUUAAAGAUGCAGAUUUCAUUGUACCUAAAGGAUUUUGUAUAACAGUUCUUGCUUUCGAACUACAAUUGCACACACACAAGGAAUUACAGAAAGUAAUUGACGACAUUCAAGCUGUUAGCGUUGGUAAAAAGGAAGGUGACCUCAAAGAAUAUUGCGACACAGCGGUUCGUACUAUUCAAUCAACUCCUGUGUUAGAGGAAGUAAAGAACGCCAUUUUAAAAGCAAUCAAAGAUUUAGAGUCAGAAGAUGGUAAUGAUAAAUCAUAUAGGUAUGCAAUAAGGUCUAGUGCUGUUGGCGAAGAUAGCGAGGAAACAUCAGCAGCUGGUCAGAAUUCAACGUAUUUAGGUAUUCAAGGGGUGGACAAUGUUAUUAAGAAAGUAUCCAUGUGUUGGGCAAGUUUGUUUUCAUACCAAAGUAUUGAAUACAGAAAACAGCAUGGCAUGUUCGUGAAAGCAUCUAUGGGAGUUUGUAUACAAAAAAUGGUGAACGCUGAUGCUGCUGGUGUUAUGUUUACCAGACACCCAACUACUGGAAAUCCCUCAAACAUAGUUAUCACUGCCAAUUAUGGAUUGGGAGAGACUGUUGUAUCGGCAACAGUUGAACCGGACACGAUAAUAGUUAAUAAAAGUUGGGACGAAAAGUUGGCUGUGAAAAAUUCCAUAGUUGGGAAUAAAAAACAGAAAAUGUUGGCAAGCGGCGAUGCACUAGUUAUAGUCAAUUUAAAUGACCAGGAAAAUAAAUCUGUUUGCAUAUCAGAGGAGACUGCUCUCCGAUUAGCUGCCAUAGGAAUGAACUUAGAAACUCUAUUCGGCAGUGCUCGAGAUAUAGAAUGGGCAGUGAUGGAUGAAAAGAUUUACUUACUUCAAGCACGACCUAUUACUACUCUGUAUGCGUGGACGGAAUUUGAGUUAAAACAUGAAUUAGACACGGGUGUACCUAGCGACAUAGACAUACUGACGUUUGCCAAUAUAGGUGAAGUAUUUCCAAAUCCAAUGUGCCCUUUAUCAACUUCCACAAUUGUUAAAACAUUCAAUGAAGUAACAGCCAGAUCGAACAAAAUUGAGGGACGCGUCUGUUUCAACAUAAUAGCAUUAAGGUGCUCCUGUAACUACUAUAACGUAUUUUUAGCAAAUCCUACUAAUGAAAUAACAUUUAUGAACAAAGUCGUGGAUAUAGCUGUUAGUGGAGAUGUGAUAGUAACACCAGAAAUUCAUAGAAUUGCUCACGAAAGAAAUGGCAGAGCCUCUUUUUUCACUCAAUAUGCAGGACUGUAUAAAAUGUUAAAUGAAGCAAUUACAAAUAGCACAGUGGAGAAAUUUGCGAAAGAAACAGAUCGAAAUUUUGUUUUGAAUGUUGAAGAUUUUCAUAAUGCACUCAGUUUGUACAACGAGAUCAAUCAAAGGUUUUUUAUAUUUUACAAAAUAUCUGAAUGUCAUAUACACGCAUCAAGAGUUAGUGUUCUUUAUCAAGUUAUAGCACUGUCAUUAUUGAUAAAGAGUUAUGAAGACAUUGGACCAGAACACUUUUCGGACAUUGCAAUCUUGUUAGGCUCUGGCAGCGAUAUCAUUAGUGGUGAAGUACUAAUAGGGCUUAAGAAAAUAGGGAAGUACAUCAAGAAAAGUGAAAAAGUCGAGGAAUUUAGGAAAUUGGAUCCUAAGAAAGUUAUUAAUUGGUUGGAAAUCAAUUGUCCACUAGGAGCAAAAGAAUUUAAGGAUCUUCUAAAAAAGCAUGGACAUAGGUGCAUCCAAGAAAUGGAUUUACUCUCAGAACCCUGGUCUCUUAGGCCUGAGAACCUCAUCACGACGCUUCAGACGAUGGUAAUGUCCCCAGAAAUAAACAACUCAAAGAAAGCGGUAAACGCGGAGGAAACAGUGGCGUCUUUAAAGACCCCCAAAUCACCAAUUGUCAAGUUGCUUUUGAAAAAGCUCGUACCCUUUUUGAGAAGUGCUGUUGUGCGUAGAGAAAUGACGAAAUCGAUAUUUGUAAACACUAUACAUAAAAUUAGGUUGGCUUACAGAAAAUUGGGAAAGCUUAUGGUUUUGGAAGAAUAUUUACCCAACGAGGACCUUAUAUUCUUUUUAACGAACGACGAAAUAGGCGAACUGUUAAGUCAUCGUAAGGCAACGUUUGUUCAAAAGGCCUUCCACAGAAGAAAAAUCUUCCCUCGACUGAUGAAUCUUCGGUACUCGGAAUUAAGUACAGGAAUGCCAAUACCAAUAAAGAAUGAUUUAGAUAACAUAGUGCCUGAUGGAUCUAUGAAAAUUCAAGGAACACCGGUAUGUGGUGGCUCGGUACUCAACAGGGCGUGUGUGAUAAUAGACUUAAUGGAUGCACAGAAGAUACAAAACGGUGAUAUUUUAAUUACGUAUGCCACCGACAUUGCUUGGAGUCCAUACUUUGCUUUACUCAGCGGCAUAGUUACGGAAUUGGGUGGACUUAUAAGUCACGGAGCUGUAGUGGCUAGAGAGUACGGCCUGCCUUGCAUAAUUAGUGCAAAGAGGGCUACGCAAAUGUUCCAAACAGGUGACAUGGUGUUAUUGAAUGCGAAUACCGGCGUUCUGCAACUAGUGAAGAGGCACGAUCAAAAAGAUCUAUAGAAUUACAAAUAAUCAAAGCAAAUAUAAUAUUUUUAUAUGCAAUA